CACUUGGUCCUGAGUCAAACUCCAGAGACACAGCUUGCGAUCAAUCAGGGCGUUGCAACUGUUAGAGGAGAUGAGAGGAUCAAGGAGCAGGCGCAUUUUGUGUCCGCAGUUCCUGGUCAGAGGUGGCAACAACCUCUUUUGAUGAAACGGGUGGCUUCUUGCCAGAUCUAUUUUUGAAGGGGCCAGCUGCAUUGACAUACAUUUGCACCCCUCUGUAACGACUGGGCAGCUUGUCGCUGGCCACAUCCCUUUUCCUGCCAGCGGCAGCGUUCUUUCAGCCCUGCGUGUAUAAAUUGCUGCAAUCCCACAAGAUCUCAUUCUUCAACAGCUCAAAUAAUCAAAGAGGACCCCCAAUAGGAUGGCAUCUUCAGCAGGGCCCAGCUACCCAGACAGAUUUUAUCUUGCUGCAAAGUAUGCAAGCAUUCCAGGAACUUGUGAGGGCGCAGAGGAUCGCGUUCAGCCCCCUCCUCUACGGGAUGAUUCAAAGCUAGUUCUGUACGCGCUCUAUCAGCAGGCAACUAUUGGUCCUUGCAAUGCUCCCAAGCCCUGGUCGUGGAAUGUGGUUGAGAGUGCCAAAUGGACGAGUUGGAACGCGUUAGGGAGGACAGCGCCAGUGGAAGCGAUGAGGCUCUUUGUGAGGACACUUGAGGAGGAAGAACCAGACUGGUUCGCCAAGGCAACUGAGGGAGGCAUCACACUCAACGUGGCCAACGGCGCUCCAGACAGCUCUCCGAAGGCGCCAGGGCCUGAGGCUGCUGUGCCUCAGCAGAAGGCGCCUGCAGCACCGGCCCCAGCGACCACUGCCAAAGAGGCAGCCAAUGGGGCAACACCGGUAGUGGCAAGCAAACCUGAGGUCAAGGAACCAGAGGUCACUCGUGUGGAGAGUUUCAGGAGCAUCAGCAAGUUUGACCAGUGGAUCUCGCCGUUUGUGUCGGGGCGGAGGCCUCCGCCGCGGUAUCAGCAUGAGGUGGCAGUGGUUGGAGACCAGCUUUUUGUUGUCGGUGGCAACUCUGGAGGCCGCUAUCUGAAUGAUCUAUGGGUUCUGAGUUUGGAAAAUUUCACGUGGUCACGGGUUGAGCAAAUAGGGCCCGCCCCCCCUUCCAAAGAAGAGGACGCCCCUCUUCUCGCCCCCCCUCCACUGCCCCCUUUGGCAGGCCACUCCAUUAUCGCGUCAGGCUCCACCCUUCUAGCCGUCGGCGGCCACACCAAAGAACCUGCUCCCACGGUCCAAGUCCGGUCCUUUGACACGACAACCUCCAAGUGGUCAAUUCUCGAGACCACGGGAGACGCUCCCGCCGCCCGGGGUGGGCAGACGGUGGUCAAGGCUGGCUCCAGGCUGGUACUGUUUGGCGGCGAGGACCGGAAGCGGAAGCUGCUGAACGACGUGCACGUGUUGGAUCUGGAGACGAAGGCGUGGGACUCGCCUAGUACCAGUGGGGCGCCCCCCAGUCCUCGCUGCGAUCACACUGCGACGCUUCACAAUGGGCGCUACAUGCUGGUGUUUGGAGGGGGCACGCUCGCUAACUGCUACAACGAUCUUCAUCUUCUCGACCUCGAAACCUUCGAGUGGUCCCGACCCGAGACGCAUGGCGACACCCCGCACCCGCGCUCUGGCCACGCGAGCGUCGCCAUCGGUGACACGUGGUACAUCGUGGGAGGCGGAGACAACGCCCACGGGAUCGCAGACACUCUGGCGCUGAACCUGAACUCGUUCACGUGGUCGGUGGCCGCGACCGUCCCGACGAAAACCUCAAUCGCGAGCGAGGGGCUGAGCGUCGUUGCGGCGUACGAGGAGGGGCUGGUGGCAUUUGGAGGGUACAACGGGCGGUACAGCAACGAGAUCCAUGUUUUCAAGCCCACCCCCGUGGAGAAGCCGAAGCCGGUCAUGGUCCGCUCCAAAUCGGCUGAGAACGCCGCCGCCGCGGUCGCUGCCAAGUCGCCCUCGAAGCCUGCCCCGGAGAAAUCAACCGACCCACCCAAGAAGCCUUCUUCGGCAGCGGCCCCGCCAGAAGAGUCCCCGGUGGAAGCCACCCGGCCGAGCAGAGAAGCGGCCGAGAACGAGAAGAGAGCCAAAAGGGAAGCGGAAGCGAAGUCGAGAGCGGAAGAGGAGGCCAGAGCGAAGGCGGAAGACGAGCGGAUUGCAAGGGUGCGGCAAGAGAUGGACGGGAAGAGCAAGUCUGCAAUUGAAGCGGCGGUAAAAGCGAAGGAGAAGGCCGAGGCAGCCGCCAACGCCGCUGUCGCUGAGUUGGCGAAAACGAAGCAGGAGCUCAACGCCCUCAAGUCAAAACGACUCGACGGUCAUCAGGAAUUGGAGACGGCCAGGAAAGCGUUGGCGAGUGAGCAGCAGCGCUGCUUCCAACUGGAGGUCGAGGUCUCGAGUUUGAAGCAACAGCUAGGGAACGUGGAAGCCCUGGAGCAAGAGAUCAAGCUGCUGAGACGAAAAGCGGAGCAAUCCGAAGCAGCGGCCGCGUCAGCCAAGCAGCAGCAGCAGAGCGGCAUCUUCAGUUGGAUAACGGGCACCCCGCAAGCACCAAGCCCCGACGAACCAAGAAGUUGACCUUAAGAAUGACAUAUAAACCAACACUGCUUCAAACUGGAGAAGAGAUCGUUUGUCCAACUGUGAACACGCCUUUGAUACUGGGGUUUGUGCACGGAUCAUUGCUGGUGCAGACCGUUUCUGGAGACGAACAGCCCAUGCGUAGCACAUCGAGUCCUCUGCUACUGGCUUUGAUAGGCAAAUUAGAUUCCUGUGCAUCGUGAACCCCGUUAGCUGGUGAUGGAAACCAUCCCGUGCUCGCGGCCAAUUCCUUGCUAGCCCAAAGGUUGGUCAGACAUUUGGGCGGCAUGCAAGUACAAGCUUGCAACCUACCUGGAGUCGAUCGGCG